AUGGGUCCAGCGCCAUCAGAUGGCUACAGUGUUGCAGUGUGGUUUCAUCCAGGAGAGUUCAUUAGCGGCAGUGCAAAUAAUAUCGAUCCUUUCCAAUUAGUUUUCAAGCAAAAGAUCAUAGUAGUAACCGUGGCAUAUCGGUUAGGUAUUUUUGGUUUCUUCACUACGGUAGAUGGGGAAGCUCCUGGAAACUUUGGACUCAUGGAUCAAGCUGCAGCAUUGAGAUGGAUCAAUAGAAAUAUUGAACAAUUCGGUGGCAACAAGGAUUCAGUUUGCCUGAUCGGGCACGGUUCUGGUGCGGUGAGCGCCACAUUGCACAUGACGGCGGGUGAAUGGUCGAACGGCAUGUUCCAUCGAAUCAUUGCGAUGAGCGGAAACGCUUUAACGGAAGGAACGGUUCAGGAUCCUAAGAGGCAUUUGCGCACACUAAAUCGUGUCGCUUAUCUGUUCGGCUGCUUUAGAAGACCAACUGAUAAUCUAAUAGCAUGCUUACGAAAUGUUAAGGCUUCAACAUUAUUACAACAAACAGCCCGAGUAACAAAAUGGGGUCCAGUUUUAGAUGCUGGCUUAAGCAAUUCAACGAUAUCAUUUAUUCAAGAGGACCCCCGUGCCAUGUUCGAGCGCGGUCAGUUCACCCAAGUGCCCGUUCUUAUCGGGUUCACGGACGGAGAAGACGCCCUAUCAAUUGCUGGAAGUGAAAUAGAUCAGAACGGAAUCGACCCUGCCCAUUUUGAAUCGAUGCUAGGUGAUACUGUAUUAGCUGAAAUGCCCCCGACAGACAAUCAAUCGUGCCCAUUAGAUAAUCAGCAUAUAGUGGAUGCGGUGUCAUUUUUCUACAGUCCUCAACCACCUUCAGAAGACCCGGAAGAUCUUCGAAAACGUUACAUAGCCUUCAUGACCGAAAAACACUUCGGUGCCCCAUCAUUUCUUUUUGCUAUGUUAUGUAGCAGGCACUCUCCUACAUUCGCUUAUAGGUUUGACUUAAAACCAAGAUCGGUUGCUGUAACGUCAGGACUACCAGAAUGGCUUGGCGUUCCCCAUAGGCUCGAUUUAGCCUUUGUAUGGGGCGUCCCUUAUUGGGGACUGCUCUCAGAUGGGACGCCAUGGGAUAGCGCAGACAAAGAGUCUCAGAUAUUGUUAUGA